UAGGUUGUUAUUUUGUGGUUUACACAGUAAAAUGGCUGAAUGUUGUAAGAUUAAUUUGAAGUUUAUGUACGAUUUGGAACGAAAGGGAAAUAAGCAUUAGUUGACUGGUGUGGAAAUGAAGGUUUACUUAGCUGCCAUUUUAAGUGGCUUGUUUGUAGGAAGGAAAUGCGUAUGGCCGGAUGUCGGAGGAUACCUGCAUUACGGAGGAUAUUUUUAACUCUUACUUUUAUGUAAGUUUACGUGGUGACGCCAGUCUACAGAUUCUAGUUCAAGAUAAUUUUAGGAAGUUUUUGGAUACUGUUAAGGAAUUUUGUUUGACUAAAGACAGUGAAAUUUUUAAAUAAGCUGAAUUGUGAAUGUGCCAGGAAAGUAUGAAGACAUUUUUGAUUCUAAUCACUCUUUGCGCUGCUUGUUCAGCAAACUAUGAGAACAGGAAGACGAAGUUUAUUGGAGAUGCGACGACUGAAAUACGUAAAAUGCUGGAUGCUGCUUCGUCUCCUCAAAGCUUAGAGAAGUCUGAGGAAUCCGAGGGAAAAUUGGACAAAACAGAUCCUGAUGUUUUCCAUGAAGUUACUGUUGGAUAUCCUAACGUUAAUUCUAAAAAAGUUUCGACUUACAGAAUGCCGAGAACAGAUAACAUCAAACAUAGAACGUAUUACCAGAAACCAAAAGGUAUUAAGAUAGAGCCUGGACAAUAUGCAGUAAAUCCUAUUGACAGGAAAAAUAAAAAUGCUUGGAAAUCUUGGCCAGAAUACCUGAAAAGCGCUAUUGACUCCAGUGACUCAAAAAUUGCGUGGACCUACUGGGAAGAAGACGAGGAGCCCGAUGAUGCAGAUGAUUCCCCAACAACAACUGAAGCACCUACUACUACUACCACCACAACUACGACAAUGGCACCGACACCUAAAGUAAAGGGACCCAUCUCCAUCCAUAAGCAUUUCCACUAUUUUAAGAAAGCUGCUCCUUGGAAAGGAGAUAAAGGUAUGCCUAUGACAAUGGGAGAUGCCAUGAAAAUGACGGAAGAUAUGAUGGAAGAUAUGAUGAUGAAAGGCAUGAUGACGAUGCCUCCUGAUGAUAAAGAUAAGAAAGGAGGUCUUUCCGGAAUCUUCGACAAGCUCUCCAAAGUAGAUCCCGCCACUGUCUUGGUAGCCGGAAUUAUUCCAGCCAGUCUGAUAUUAGCUGCUGCUUUGCCUUCUGUGGUUAAUAAAAUGAUGAUGAAAGGAGAUACGAACGGAAAUGGCAAUGGAAUGAUGCCAAUGGUAUCAACAGUGGCUAUGGGGAAUGGUAAUGGAAAUGGCAACGGAAAUGGCAAUGGGAAUGGGAAUGGAGAUGGAGAUAUGAUGAUGGAAUCUCGAUAUCACCAGUCUCCUGUUUCAAUGACGUCUUUGAUAGAAGCUGUUGGAGAUUUCGGAUUGAAAGCACUAGAAAACCCGCAAUGUGCGCGGCAGAUGUUUUGCAAACUAGCUACUGAUACGCUUCUUCCUGAUUCUCCAGUUGUUCAAAAAGCUCUACAUAUUGCAACUAUCGCCAUGGAAAGCUCAUGGCUUGAUCAUAUUGGUGUGCAAGACAUCCUGAAAUCUCUAAGCGAUGGCACAUGCCAAGAUAUUGAAUGUGAAGUAAGACUAAAAGGUUUUGAUGAUUCAAAUUCAUGACAUAUGGAUCAUAAUAAACAUUCAGGUAUCCAGUGAAAGGAGACAUCAGUCCAGGCAAUGUGACCAAAGAACCGAUGCAGUUUCUUUCCAGUUCCUUCAUGUUUAAUAACCAUUAGUACAUUAGUACUUCUUUAUUUUAGAUUUCAGGAAAGAGCCUUGAAAAAAAUAAAUAAAAACUUAAAUAAAAGCGUUAUUAUAUGCUUAUGCUAAGAUAUACAAUGUUUCAUUUCCCUUGAAUAUAUGCGACUGUGUAUCAGUUUUUUUUUUGUCAUUAAUUUUGUACUUUUCGUGUUUAAAAUUUUAAAAGGUAAGAGGAUUUUACGUAAAAAGUGAAAUACUUUCAGAAAUGCCAUUGAUAACAGAUUAUUGGGAACAUUUUAGAAUUAAAACAUUUCAAUGAAAAGAGCGUAAUUAUAAUGAAACUUAGACUGUGAAGUUAUCCGUACGAGCAACUGUGUUAUCUUGAAAUUAGUAUUUAAAAGCAUUUUCUAAAGCUUUGGAGACUAAACUGAAUCAAAAAAUAAAGAUUCAAUACAAAAUAGCAUUCUAAGAAAGCGCAAAUAAAGCAAAUUUGAAACCGUGCAUAUUCAACAAAAAAUUUAAAAAAUUAAAAGCAUUCUCCAUUUAUAGAUUAUUAUAGAUGUUUAAAGCAAAAAACAUAAUAUAGGACUUGAUCUAUAAUAAUCUAUAAAUCAUUAAGAUUUUAAAAAUAAAACUAUUUGAUAAAGUUAAUAAAAAAAUAGCACUUAAAUUUCUAGUAAAACUGUGACUCAGGAAAAUGAAAAUGUUCUAACGAUGACUUAAAAGUUUAUGUGCUUUCAUUUUAAGGAACGAUAAAUACAAUAACGAUUACUCCAUUAAUGAACGUGAAUUGAUAUGAAAUUUAAUAUUGGUGUUAUUUUUAGAUCUAAAUUAUUGUAAUAAAAUGGAAAUGUACCUUACAACAUGAGUAAUAAAAUUUUAAA